ACACAUUGCUCUACUCUGCAGGCAGUCCGUUCUCUACACAGUUAAGACAAAUGAAGCGCUCCUGUGGACCAGCCAUGCCAUGCCUUGCUACUCUGAGUCUGUUUGCCUCUCUGUUACUGCUCACAGAGUGCUCCUGGGGCACCGGGUCAGGAAACUCCUAUAGUUAUGACCUUUCAAAAAUGUCAGACCUGAGAAAACUGUACAACUCCAAAGUGUAUGAAGCUGACCGAAUGACCAGACCAUUAGAAGGGCUAUCUUUUCAAGCAGGCAAACUCAGUCACUCUGGAGUGAGAGUGUCCCUCGCGGACAAGACCAAGUGGCUGGUGCAUAAAGGAGAUGGUUAUGGAAUCUCAUCUCAGACAGUAGUAGUGGCUGCCAGACACAUGGGCUCUACCUGGAAGAUCAUUGAGACCAAAAACUUUGGCGGGAGUAAGACGGUGGCUGACUUUGUGAGGGCAGGAGGGACAGAUUACAGCCUCAUGUUUGAUAAUUGUCAUGAUGCGUCUGAGAGGAUGAUGAAGAAUUAAAGCUUCAGUGUAGCCUGCAGCUCCUGAUUUUCUGCUGUGUACUUUUGUUGAUACUGUAUGUCGGACAUCAUUUAUGCUAUAACCUUUACUCUAGUUUAUUAUUUGCAAUAUACUGCUUACCUGCAUCAUGAGAGCAUCAUCCCCAAACAAUGAAACCCCUUCAGUCUGAAAUGGUGAUAUUUUGCUUCUGUUUUGUUUUCUUUAAUCAAACCUGCCUGACAUAAAGUAAAAGGAACAGUUUUAAAUUCAA